AACUUAAUUCUCCCACAACCUGCACUCUCCCCUUUAGCUUCCAUGCCUCUCCUCUGCACUCUUUCCAAUCACCUAUCUGCCAUAAUAUAUCCAAAAUAUUCCCAUUUCCUAAAAUAUGCCCCCUACCUUUCACCUGACCAACUUCAAGCUGUGGGCCUGCCCUUACAGAAAGCCAUUCUCACCAUACAGAUCACCCAAUACAUGCACCCCAAGAACCCAAAAAUCCCCUCACCCUAAGCCUUAUUAUGCUUCCCUUCCAAACACUUUGCCACUUCCCAAACAUCACCUCCCUGCACGGCCACCAGCCGAAGCUUGUAUGCAUAUCAGUGCAAAGGCUCACCAUGUACACCAUAAAGUUUUCAAUCCCAACCACUAGAAAUAUCUUUACCAGAAUGAAAUAUAUAUCCAAGGU